AUGGCCAACCAAACUCCUGAGAACUGGGAAGAUGAGCUUUCCAGACAGACCCAGGGAGUGAACCUGAAUCCCAACGCACCACCACGUUUUCAGGCUCACGCCUCAACCUUCCAGCCCGGAGCCGCCUCUUUCCAGCCGGGAGCUGCAGCUUUUGUUCCUGGUCAAGCUUUUCAACAAUAUGGCGGUGGCUACCCUCAAUACGGCCAACAGCAGCAGUACGGCGGAUACCAGAAUUAUGGUGGCUAUAAUCAGAUCUACAACCAGAACCAGAACCAGAACUACGCCAGCUACCAACAGCCGCAGCCGCAGCAAUAUUCUCAGCAACCUGUUCCACAACAACAACAGCAGCAACCUAAACCCACUCCCACUCCCGCUUCCGCUCCCGCCGCUGCCCCCAAGGCCGCCAAGGUACUGUCUAUUGGCGGCUCUUCCGCACCCAAAGCGAAAGUCCUUUCGAUUGGUACCCCCACACCCGCAUCAACCACGCCCUCCUCCGACUCUGGUUCUCUCGCCGAUGCUAAGGGGCCCGCGGCGGCUGAGGCCGCUGCCAAGGUAACGGCCAACAAGGCCGUUGAGAAGACAGAAAAGAAAGCAGAGCAAAAGGCAGCUGCUAGCGGCAAGUCGUCACCAACACCGUCCGGCCGGGCCAGCCCUGGCAGAUCCAGCCCGUCGCGAGGCGAAAGCGCCAAGGAAAAGCGUGAUGCGAACGCAGUCGCCUUGGAACAGCAGGCUGAUGUGGAUGAGGAUACACUAAAGGAAAUCUAUGGUGAGAAGAAAGAGCACGUUAACAUUGUUUUCAUCGGACACGUCGACGCCGGAAAGUCCACUCUUGGUGGCUCUAUCCUGUACGUCACCGGAAUGGUCGAUGAGCGAACCCUCGAUAAAUACAAGAGAGAUGCAAAGGAAGCUGGUCGAGAGACAUGGUAUUUGUCUUGGGCCCUUGACCUGACGAACGAAGAGCGAGCCAAGGGAAAGACUGUCGAGGUUGGCCGUGCCCACUUCAAGAUCGAUGUACCAACGCCCGACGGCACCGUCGAGAGACACUUCUCCAUUCUCGACGCUCCCGGUCACAAGUCUUAUGUGCACCACAUGAUUGGUGGUGCUUCUCAGGCAGAUGUUGGUGUCCUCGUUAUCUCCGCACGUAAAGGUGAAUACGAAACCGGUUUUGAGAAGGGUGGGCAAACUCGCGAGCACGCCCUCUUGGCAAGGAACACUGGUGUCAAGAAGCUUAUUGUCGCCGUUAACAAGAUGGAUGACAUGACAGUCGAGUGGAGCAAGGCUCGUUUCGAUGAGUGUACUGUCAAGGUCUCGAAGUACCUGGAAGCCCUUGGCUACAAGAAGGAUGACCUCCAUUUCAUGCCCAUCUCCGCCCAGCGGACACUGGGUAUCAAGGAUCGUGUUCCUAGUGACCUUUGCCCGUGGUACAGUGGUCCUUCUCUCCUCGAAUACCUCACCAACAUGAAGAUGCCUGAGCGUAACCUCAAUGCACCUUUCAUGAUGCCUAUCAGUACCAAGUACCGAGACAUGGGCACUAUGGUUGAAGGACGUAUCGAAGCCGGUGUUAUUAAGAAGAACGCGACCUGCAUUAUCAUGCCUAACCGCACAAAGGUCGAAAUCGCUGCUCUUUACGGAGAGACCGAGGAUGAGAUUGCCACUGGUACUUGCGGUGAUCAAGUGCGUAUGCGUCUCCGAGGUGUUGAAGAGGAAGAUUUACUUCCUGGAUUCGUCAUGUGCUCACCUAAGCGCCCGGUUCACUGCGUCUCCGCCUUCGAGGCUAAGAUCAGGAUUCUCGACCUCAAGAGCAUUCUCACAGCUGGUUUCAAUUGUGUUAUGCACGUGCACUCUGCCGUCGAAGAAGUCACAGUUGCCGCUCUCUUGCACAAACUCGAGCCCGGUACAGGGCGACGAAGCAAGCGUCCUCCUCCCUUCGCUAGCAAGGGUCAAAUGAUCAUUGCCCGUAUUGAAAUCACUAGCUCUGCGGGCGCUGUCUGUGUUGAGCGCUUCGAAGACUACAACCAAAUGGGACGAUUCACCCUCCGUGACCAGGGCCAAACCAUUGCUAUUGGUAUGAUCACCAAGCUCAUUGAAAAUGAGAACUAG